AUGGACGAGGAGAAUUCCUUCGCCAUCGUUGGGGUAGGAUGUAAAUUUCCUGGAGCUGACAACCUCGAGGAGUUUUGGAGGGUCCUGCUUAAUGGCGAAAAUCAUGUUAUUGAGAUCCCACCAGAACGUUGGAAUGUGGACGCCUUCUACAAUGAAGACCCCAUGGAACCGGGCAAGACCAAUGUCAGGAGGGCGGGAUUCAUCCGCAAAUAUGAUACGUGGGAUAACAAGCUGUUCGGAGUUAGUCAGGUGGAAACGGCAAGAAUUGACCCCCAGCAGCGAUACGUGCUCGACUGUGUUCACAUGGCAAUGGAGGAUGCUGGCAUCACGAGGCAAGAUCUCAACGAGACAGACACCGGGGUUUAUAUAGGCGCUAUGAACGACGACUACAGGGAGUCGGCGAAUGAUGAACUAACGGCCAUGACGAACUAUACACUGACUGGUUCCAGCCUCAGUAUCAUUGCUGCACGUGUGUCCUAUAUCUACAAUCUGUUAGGUCCCUCCAUGUGUAUAGACACGGCAUGCUCCUCUUCACUGGUCGCCAUCCAUCUUGCUAUUCAAGCCAUCAAGUCAGGUGACUGCAAAGCUGCGAUAUGUGGCGGUGUCAACAGUAUUUUGUACCCCCACAUUUUUGUUCCAUUAAGUAAAGCUCGGAUGGUUUCCGCCACUGGACAGUGUCAGGCUUUCUCGGACACUGCUGACGGAUAUGCCAGGGGAGAGGGAUGCGGUAUGGUCAUCAUCAAGAGUCUAAAACAGGCCAAGCUAGAUGGAAAUAAAAUCUGGUGUGUGAUAGUAACCGGAUGUAACCAGGACGGUCACACCGCCACUCCAAUAACUGCGCCAUCUGGUAGACAACAGUCAGCCCUUCUCGAACGUAUAUACCAUGACUACGAUGUCGAUCCGAAGACUAUUCAGUAUAUCGAAGCCCAUGGUACCGGUACACCUGUCGGCGAUCCUAUCGAAGCCAACAGUCUGGGCACCUUCUUUUCAAAAGACAAGAUCAUCCCUAAAGGUGUCUCUGAUGUCAGGAUAGGAUCGGUAAAGACAAACAUCGGCCAUCUUGAGUCGGCAGCUGGAAUCGCAGGUCUCAUUAAAGUCAUGUUAAUGAUGCAUCAUGGUAAGGUCGUUCCCAAUCUUCAUUACCGUAAAUCGAACCCUAAGAUAGAUUUUCCUAGUUUCAAUUUUGAAGUUGCAACCGGUGUCACUGAUUGGGACAGAUUGUCUGAUGGCACUAGGAUGUCAUGUGUAAAUUCUUUCGGUUUUGGUGGGACAAACAGCCAUGCAAUCGUCAAACAACUCUCAAAUCCAGACGAGAAGACAACCAAUUCUUGUAAAGAUGACCAGUCUACUGAACACUUUGUGACGCUGUCAGCAGUAGAUAUUUCAUCCGUCAAGCUCGGACUUGAGAGAUUUGCUGCCAAAUUGAAAACGGGAAAGUAUCAAAUAUGUGAUGUAUCAUAUACGUCGAUAAUGAGGAGGGACCACUUUGGUUAUCGUGUGGCUUUCACUGCUAAAGACUGUAUUGAAUUAGCGGGAAAAUGUGAAAAACAAGCCAACUCGAUGAAGUCGGUCAAAGCACCAGGAUUCAGCAAACCAAAUAUUGUCUUCUUGUGCUGUGGUGUAGGAACCUCAUGGAACGGAAUGUGUAAAGAAAUGAUGGCGAAAGAACCUGUAUUCUGUUCUGAAGUUGAAAGAGUAGACAAUCUUCUCCAUCCUCUUUGCGGCUGGUCCAUUGCAGAUCGAUUUCGCGAUGGGAUAGACGUACAAGAUCCUCUUACAAGCCAUUUAGCCAUCUUUACCUGUCAAAUAGCCCAUGCGAAGUUAUGGGAGUUCUACGGAAUUACUCCUGAUGCAGUUCUUGGCCAAUCCGUGGGAGAAGUAGCAGCGGCUUACAUUAGUGGCGCUCUCUCCCUUUCGGAUGCAGUAGAAGUUAUCUACCAUCGGUCAAGGAUACUUGCUAAUGCUACUGGCGGGAAAAUGAUGGUGGUUGGAAAAUGUCCUGUGGAGCACGUGCAGGCAUUGUGUGACAAAUUUCCCGGAAAAAUUAACAUCGCAGUUCAGAAUAGUCCGAUUAGUUGUACACUCUCUGGUGACGGUGAUACCAUUGAUCACAUCAGUAGCGUACUUACAGAAGACGAAGAAUUGAAAGAAAAACCUUUCAUCAAACAACUUGAUGUAAAAUGCGCUUACCAUAGUCAUCACACAGAGCAGGCAAGUACAGAACUAGAAACGCAUUUAGAUGGCUUGUCUGGACAGCAGCCAACAUGCUCUCUUAUUUCAACGGUAACUGGUGAAUUGGCAAUAGAAGGUGAUUUUUCAACUGCAGAAUAUUGGAAGCGGAACGUCAGAAUGCCUGUUUUGUUACAAAAGGGAAUCGAAACAGCAAGCAAAAGCGGCCCUUUCAACAUAUACGUUGAAAUUGGACCAAGACCUGUCCUUCGUGCUCAUUUACCCGAUAUUCUCGAUUCAAAAGAAGCUGCUGCAUUUGGUUCAAUGUCGACAGACAAGGAGCAAUCUAUUAUAUUAACAUCUCUACUCGAGCUGUAUAAGCAUGGUUGCAAUCCUUACUGGGACAAAAUCGUCACACAUGGGCGACUCACCGACAUUCCAACAUACGCGUUCAACGAGGUGAAAUCCCUUUUUGAACCCGACACACGACGACUGAUGGUUCAGGGCAUUGGCAAUUCAAACACAAAUCACUUGUGUGUAGAACGAAUGCCAGGAGAGGGAAUUCAGUUCAAGAUUGAUAUAAACCCGUCCAAAACACCAUUUGUGUAUGAACAUGUAGUUGGUGGUACUAUUCUACUUCCCGGAGCGUUCUAUUCAGACGUUGCACUUGAAAUAGGAAAGCAAGUAUUCGAAACAUCAAUGCAAAAUUUGCAGGUAUCGACACGGUUUUUGCGUCCUUUGAGAUUGGUUCAAGGAAAGGCCAGCGUCCCAGAGGCGAUUGUAACAGAAGAAACAAAGUCCAAAGCGACGUUUGGAGUUUUCAACAACGAUGACAAAAUUGCCCAUUGUACGAUAUCUAUCGAUGUAAGUGAGAAUGGCCCCAAACACCUGAAUCUGUUAUUGGUCAGAAAACGAUGCAAAUCGAGCCAGACUGCGUCGGAAACGUAUCAUAAACUUGAAAGUCUUGGAUUCUCAUAUGGGGAAGACUUAAAGAUAAUUGGAAAUGCAGUGAGGAAUGAAACAGAAUGCUUAGUUGACAUCAAUUUGACAGAGGGCAUCAUGAGAGAUCUUCACAACACAAAUAUCCACCCGGCAGUGUUAGAUGGCCUACUCCAAACUUCUGGAGUACUUGAUAUAGACGCAGACAAAUCGAUGACAGUUCUACCCGGAGGAAUAGGGCGUCUCAGAAUAAACAGGCCAUUGGAACGGCACAUGUAUGCAUAUGUUCAAAUGGUUGAAAGAACUGAGGAAAAUAUGACAUACAAUGCUCUGCUUUUAUCAAAGGAUGGCAGUGUUAUAGUCGAAAUAAAAGAUUUCAUGGUGAUUAUAAUAGGGCCACAACAGGAAAGCAAGAAGAAGAUGGCAUACCGAAUACAAUGGCAGCAAAAGAAGACAUCGAUAUCCCUUGGGAAAGAAGCUGAAAAAGUCACGGCGGUCAUUGUGGCACUGGCAAAACACAAAGCGGAUAAAUUAGCAGAUAAUUUGUCAAAUACUGAUGCAACGAUUGUCGAUGCUGAAAAGCCUUCAUUUAAGGAUGACUUGAUCGAUAUCCUAAACGACCCACAGCAGCGGCCUCAGUGCUUGUUAUUCAUCGCAGGAACACAGGAAGAUAUAAAUGAUUCCGGUACGGAAGGCUUAUAUCAAGCUGUGUUGAAAAACUGCAGUACAAUGUUGACCAUUUCACAAACCAUGGCACAGGUCAAUGGCAACAUUCCAGCAUUCGUAAUCACCAUGGGAACCCAACAGACUCGAAAUAGUGACUGUGCAGUCUUCAGUGUCCUGGGAGCAGAGUUAUGGGGAAUGGUAAGGUGUAUAAUACGUGAACAUCCUCUCAAUGUUACGCUUCUGGAUACACAUCUUUCCUUGCCGGACACUGCUCCACUCCUCCGCACAUUGAUGACUGGAUGUAAUCAGACACUUCAGGACAUUCCGGAGCUGUUGUUAUUAGAGGAUGGGAUUUAUGCCAACGAAUUUGCUGAAGAGGAUGAAGAGGAAUGUGAUUCUCGAUGGGUGGAUUUUGAUGACAGGUUGGAUCUUCAGUUAAAAAGCAAACACCCUGACGACAUUCAAGACUCUUUCUACGUUAUACAAGAUACUCAGAACAAUCCUGGAAAUCAUGUGUGCUUAACACUGGACACUGUGGUUCUCCAUGACCCAGAUAUGUAUCCCCUCACACUUCAGUCUGCUGAGAGCAAUGUCCCAUUGUGGAUAGAGGACAACGAAGAUGGUUUUGAUGUACUCACAUUUGAAGCUAUUGGACAUCCUCCAGAUAAAACACAAGAACGGCUUGUGGCUUGUUACCCAAUGAGCGUCCAAAGUAAAGUCACCAUACCAAAGGAUUGCACUUGCAAUAUUGGUAAUAUUUCUGGAUACAAGCCAGGUUUACUCCAACUCGCAGCAGUUUUGUGGCAACUCAAAGAAACUGUUACAAAAACAUCAACCAUGAUUGUGACACGUAAAAACGAUUCGAACAUUUCUCCAGUCAUGUUGAAAGCAAUGCUCAGCACAAAUGAUGGUUUGGAAUCCACAUGUGUAACAUAUGAAGACCUUUGUAACAAUCCCUCAGUAAACACAGCGGAAACUCUCGUCGUCUUAUCUGCAGUCAAUAAACAAUCCCUGACAAGAAUGCUUGAAUCCAGUGCAAAUGUUAAAAGAGUGCUCUCACUACAAAUGUAUCUUCCAAAAGCUGUUAUUCGUGCUUCAGAACGUUUAUAUCCUGAUAUCCAGUACGUCACUUUAGACAACGAAGAGAUGCUUGGGCAGAAAGAACUGGUAAAGACUGUACCAAAAGUGAUAAAAUGGCUUAUGAAAAACGCUGACAAAUUAAACACAGGAUUAUCUGUACCUGGAACAUCCAUGAAUUUUGCACGGCCGAACUACAGUACAGAUAGCAAGAAAAAAAAUCUUAAGAUUUCCAAAGACCAAGCUCUAAGAAAUGAUGGCUGUUACGUUGUAACUGGGGGUCUGACAGGCCUUGGAUGGGAAAUAGUGCAGUACCUAGCGCAUUCUGGAGCCGGUCAGAUUGUCACUCUCUCAAGACGACAGCCAGAUGACGAGAAAAAGACUGAAAUAAGGCAAUUAGAGGAUAGCACUAAAUCAAAAAUAGCUUACCUUUCUACCGAUGUUUCAAACAGUGCAUCAGUUGAAGAUGCAUUUCGUACCAUUGAGUCAACAUUUCCGCAAUAUAAAGUGAAAGGAAUCUUUCACGGCGCUGGAGUGCUUGCAGAUUCAAUGUUCUUCAAAAUGACAGAGGAGCAUCUUCAAAAAGUGCUAUUGCCAAAAGUUGUGGGAAGCUGGAACCUGCAUAAAGCGUCCAAAGAUUAUAAUUUGGACUUUUUUGUCAUGCAUUCUUCAAUGACAUCAGUUAUGGGAAACAUUGGACAAAGCAAUUACGGAGCUGGCAAUUCGUUCAUGGACUCACUUGCACAUCUCCGAAAAGCAAACGAUAUGUGUGGGCAAAGCAUAAACUGGGGUCCUUUAUCUGUUGGUAUGCUCAAAGAUAACAAAACAGAAGAUGACCUUGCAAUGCGUGGGUACCUUUCCCUGGAUGUACCAAAGAUCCUUACAUGUUUACAAAACGCUAUGAUGAUGGAAGUUCCCCAAAUUACAUAUGGCAUAUUCGACUGGAACAUCAUAGGUAGAGAACUGCUCAAUCCGUCUAUGAUGAGAGUUAGACAAAGAUUCAAGACAUUUGUUAAUGCAGGGAAAAAUCGAAAAGACAAAUCGGCAGUAGCAUUAGACUAUGAACUGGAUAACAUUGAAAAUGUUACAAAGUUUAUCAUAGCUGUUGCUAGCGAAGUUCUCGGCAUUGAUGCAGAUAUGCUCACACCAGCAACGGCCUUCAACGAGCUUGGAGUGGAUUCUAUGCUUGCAAUGACAUUUGCCAACCAAAUCGCCGAAGUCACCAACUGCCAAAUUCCAAUUAUAUUGCUUAUGUCGGAUGAUACAACGAUUGGGAGCAUCGCUGAGUACUUAAUGGAGAAUAUGUCUGGGGAGGAAGAGGAGGAAGAAAGUAUGGUCCAUAAGCUCACUUUUCCGGAAAAGCGGUACUACGACAAAUACCGAAAUGACCCCAUGUCGCCCGGACUUUUCAUCUGUCUCGAUAUUGACGUAAUGAUAACAAUUGCCGUUCCGGAAAUAUGGAAGAGUUUCCUGUAUGAGAUUCACGGCAAAUAUCCAUUGAUGAGGACGAUUUUUGUGCCAGAUGAGGAGAGUGAAUCACAAGACGAAAUAAAAAAGAUCGUCAUCUCACAAGAGGAUGUGGAAGUCGAUUUCAAAGAAGUCCCUAUGCGAGACAUAAGUUCAAGAGACCGAGUCCCAUUUCCACGGGAACGAUACAUGUUUGAUCCUGCAAAAGACCUCCCUCUUCGGACUCUCUUUGCAAACGAUGGCAAAAACUGUAGAAUACGUUUCGUCUUUAAUCACUUAUGUUUCGACAACACAUCUGUGAUGCUUUUUCUCGGAGAAAUUCAAGAGUUCGGAAGAACCUACCCAAACAUAUCCAUUAGCAUGCCAACGACGACGUAUGACAUUCCAAAAAUGGUAUACAAACGUCUCAAAAAGGAUAUAAAUCUUAUGGAAACCUUCUGGAGAAAUAGAAUCCCAAAUAACCUUCAACCUGUCACGUUCUUUCCUUCGACCAGCUGUAAGUGCGAUCCCUCUAGAGUGACAUUUGCCAGGAUACAAACACCAAAGAAAUUGAUUAACAAUAUUUUGCAGCUGAUCGAAAAGAAUAACUGGACCCUAUUCCAGUUCAUGCAGACAACUUAUCAACUCUUCCUUCAUUUGGUUCUUGGAGUGGGUUGCAUUCCGCUACUGACUAUCGUUGACCUCAGACUGCAUUUCCCUACUCUUAACAAAGAUAUUGCCACUCUGGUGAAUACGAUUCCGCUCUUCCAAGAUUUCAGCGAUGAGGAUCAGCUACUUAUAGAUAUGAUCAAAGAGAAUGCCGCAAAGACAAGAAAGUGCUUGGAGAACAGUCUGUUCCCUCUUCAGGAAAUAGAGAAGAUUGUUUCUGAACAACAAGAGCCACUAUCAGUGCUGAGACAUCAGAUCAUUUUUGAGGAAUCCACCGUAUCAAAGGAGGUCAAAAUCGAGGAUACAAAUUUCGAAAAUGUUUUACCUGACUCUGCUUUCAGUGGGGCUAAUACACAAAAACCGAUGAUACAAAUGGUCAACACUCUGACUGGAAGUUACAGCAAGGAGAGCGUAAUGCGAGUGUGGCACGACAGAACAACACAUGAAAUUGAUCUAGAACUUGAAUACAACUCAAGCUUCAUUGACAAGAAGGCUGGGAAGGACUUCUUAAAAGCCUAUAUCAAAUUGUUGAAGAAACUGGUUAAAAGGCCUCAACGCACCGUUGGUGAUAUAAAAGACCAGCUAAGCCACAAGUUCAAGAAGAAAGGUGAAGGUUUUUCGGCAAAACUAAGAAAGAGGCAACGUAAUCUGGGCCAAGUCGUUGCGAUGCAAGAUGAUACACAGCAGAGGAUCCAUCAAGGAUCGUUUUAUAAACAGACUAAAAGUGGAUGGGAUCACAAGGUGGAUAUGUCGCUUGUAGAUGUUGGUCUUAACGGAAAGUCGUUUAGUGUUCUCCGAUGGGGAGAAGAUGACGAGAAGGAACUCAAGUUCUCAGAAGUGUCGGAAGUGACGAAAGCGUCAGUUGGUGAAAUGCAGGUUUUGAUAGUGAAGAAAUACGGAAGAGACUACGUUUUCAAAACACGAGAUCAGUAUGUCCUUGAUGAUUGGGUGAAUUCUAUCAAACAGAGACUUUCACUAGCAUCUGACAGCACUUCAAAGGAAAGGAACAAUUCUCUAAUGUAUGUAAACGGACCAGCAUCCUCUAAACGAUCAGCGUACCAAGAUCACCCAUUUGACAACAUAGACAAGGAUGAUGGUUUUGUCGCGUCACCAGGCUUUAUCAAGAACGCUUCUUCGACAGGACUUUGGGAAGUCCCUCAUACACAUCUUUAAAUGGGAUUUAAAUGGAUGACUGAUGACAAUGAAAUACCAUUUCAGAGGUUACUCAUACAUCAAGCGAAGAAACUUAUGAUCAUUGUCAGCUUCUUGGUGCUUUUUAUGAAACAAACAUUUUGGUUUGCAUUUGAAUGAUAUGAAACCUAUCAACACCUGCAAUAACAAUGCUUAUUUGUACACAAGCUAUUACCUUGGUUAUGAAGGACAUUGUUAAGGUAGGUAAUCGAAAAUCGCUAUUUCGAUUAGUAUUCCUUUUAACUAGACCAAAAACUAGUUUGUAUAAACAAUUAGAAUUCACACUUAGAUACUAAAAAUGCACAGUGGUAUCGUUUCGUACUCUGAUGGGAUCAAAUUUACUUUAUAUAUCUUGUUUUUUCAAAGGAGGGGAUGAGGGGGAGUAAAAUCGCAAAAACGAUAUCCUGUGGAAAUAAGAUCAUUAGGGAAUACCAUAGCCCACCACAUGUCUUUAAUGAAUAGUGUAUCCUGUUUGCCUCAAACCUAGGAACAACUAAUUAAAUCAGAGCUAUCCAAAAACAUUGAACCAUGAUUAGAAGUUUUAUGGUUCCUGCGACAGACAGAAUGUAGCCUCUAUCUCAUUGUUAUAUGUUCAGGCGAUAGGAAAGGAAAAGCGUGAUAACAUAAAAAUCACAGGACGGUAUUUUGAGUAUCUACCAUACCAUCAUAAGGUCUAUUGACGAAUGGCAAUAUGUCAUUUUUUGUAAUUAGAUAUGUAAGGCGGCACAGCAGUGUACCGUAUGUGUACGUUUAUCAAGUUAUUUCAAGGUUUGAAUUAAUAGCUUGGAACUUGAUUCAGCACUCAGCAAAAUUAUGAAAGACAUUUUACGUUGAAGGUGUCUGUCAAGGAGUUCUGUUUUUAGGUCUGUAGAAAUAUCGAGAAAAAUAAACAAAUUUACAGAAUAUGAAAUAUAACGAAAGCACAUGUUGUUGAAAUGAACUAAUGUAGAAUAAGAGGGUAUGCGGUGAACUGAACUAGUUUAAGUGAUUUUUGUUUUAUGUAUAUAGUUAAGCAAUUACUUGUAGAAUUUUGUUGUAGAAAUUAAUAAUAAAAAAAAAUAAAGAAACAAUUCGCGAUAUAGAAAAUUGAUGCUGAAAUGAGCGUUUAUGUUCAGUUACAGACAUUAAUGAGUAUCCAUAUAUGGGAAGAUAGAUUAUGUUACAUAUCGGAAGACCAACUAAAUUAUAUGUUGUAUUGUUGCAUCAUUUCUUUAGUGGAGUAUGGAGGUAAUUUUGAUGUUUUAUAUAUAUAUAUAUAUACGUUCGUAUAACCAUGAUGGGUUAGGAUAACUAUGCUUACUCUUCACAUCUCUGAAAUAGAAUUUUUCUUUUUUAUCUCAAAAAACCACGUAAAGCAUUUUAAAACAUACAAAUGGGUAAAACAAAAUAUUGAAUUUAAGUUCCAUUGUAAUUCACAUAUUAAUGCUUUUUCUUUUAUUUAUGAUAAUCAAAGUCUAUGAAACGAUCCAGUUAACAUCCAUGGAAAGGCUACUUAAUGUCACGUUUGAUAAGACCAAGAUCUUACAUGGAGAUCAUAGUACUUAAAAAGUCCAAUGUGGUUUAGAAACAUUCAUCAACGAUAUCCCAGUACAAAAAUCAUUCGAUUUGU